CAGUACAAUAUGCGAAUAUUUGACUUUCCGGUGCAGUUUCAAAAAUAUUUUUGGAAAGAUCAAAUUUAACUGAUUGAAAUUUUUCCCUUAGGGAAAAUGGAAGAGAAACCCUCACUAGAUAUUGUUUAUCUAGCCAUAUCUGCUUUAUUUGACAGUAAAAAUGCUAGCGAAAACGAAAAAGCUGCUCAGUGGCUUGAUAAUUUACAAAAAUCUGUUUAUGCCUGGACAAUCGCAGAUGAAAUCCUGCACCGUAAAAAAGAUUUACAAUCUUGUUGUUUUGCUGCCCAGACUAUGAGAUCUAAGAUUUUAAACAGUUUUCAUGAAUUACCAUUGGAUGCUCACACUUCCCUUAGAGACUCUUUGGUAGAACAUAUCAGUCAAGUUGAUGAAAACACAAAUAGUGCUAUUGUAAGGCAAUUAUGUUUAGCUUUAGCAGAUUUAGCAUUACAAAUGACUUCUUGGAAAAGAGCUCCUUUAGAUCUCAUUGGUAAAUUUUCGCAAACUAAUGUGUGGCCAUUGUUAGAAAUUUUAACUGUUUUACCUGAGGAAAUUGAGAAAAGAUCAAUAAGAUUGGGGGAGAAUAGACGUUUAGAGCUCAUUGAGGAGUUCAAGCAAUGUGCUGCAACUAUAGAGCAAUUUUUACAACAUUGUUGUAAUCAUUAUGCUGGCAAUUUCCACGAGAAUAUUCAAGUAAACAUAACAAUAUUAUGUUGUUUCACAUCUUGGGUAUCCAUUGGGGCAAUACUUCUACAAAAUGCACAUGAUAAUAUUAUCAUCAUACAAGCAUUUCACAUCUUAGAUGCAAAAAACAAUGUAUCAGGACCCCUUCAUGACGCUGCUACCAACUGUAUUUGUAUGCUUCUACAAUGUCUAGAAGAAGAGAAUAAUUAUCUACAACUUGAAACUUUCCUCUUCAAUAACAUAGUGCAGUUGGAAGUUUCAUAUCAUUUAUCUGUAGCUAAUGAAGAUCAGGAUAAAUCAAAAAAUUUCUGCAAGAUUUUUUCAGAAUUAGCAGAGUCGUUUUUAGAAAAAAUAAUAAAAAAUAGUACUAGGGAAUCAUAUCAUUAUGCAAUCAAGGCCCUCGAUUUAGUCUUGAUGUGUGUAGGCCAUCAUGACUAUGAGGUUGCUGACCUAACCUUCAGCCUUUGGUAUGUUCUUAGUGAAGAAUUAUAUCAUAAAAACAGCAAAGAAAGUAACGAACUAUUCAAACCAUUUGUAGAAAGAUUGAUAACUGCCUUAUGUAGGCAUAGUCAAAUUGAGCCAGACCAUGAAGGACUAUUAAAGGACAAUGAUGAGUUCAAAUACUUUCGUUCAAAAGCGUCAGACCUUAUAAAGGAUGUAGUAUUCAUAGUAGGUAGCAGUAACUGUUUUAGACAGAUGUUUUUGAAUUUACAAAAUCCAAAUGCCACCUGGGAUCAGAGUGAGGCAUCCUUGUUUGUCAUGCAGUCUGUUGCCAAAAAUAUUCUCCCAGAUGAAAAUGAAGUAGUGCCUCAAGUUGUUGAGGCUAUUUUGAGUAUUCAAGAUCGAUCAACACAUGUUGCCGUUCGGUAUACAUCUCUGAUGCUGCUUGGAGAAUUAUGUGAAUGGGUUGAAAAGCACCCAAACACAUUAGAUCCUAUAUUGCAUUAUCUGGUAUCUUCCUUACCCCAACCAGAUAUCGGACCAGCAGCUGCAGAAGCUCUUCAGAAUAUUUGUACGACAUGUGGCAAUCACAUGGCCAAGCACAUGCCCUUUUUAUUGCAAAUAUUGCAUCAAGUUGACAAGUUUUGUAUAAGUAAUGACGCUAUAAUGGGACUUUUGAAGGGAGUAGCAGCCAUUAUCGGCUACAUGCCACCGAAUGAUAUAGUUGUAGCUUUCCGAGAAAUCUGCUUCAUUCCAAUAACACCUUUGGUUCAGUUAAUAGAACAAGAUACUCCAACAUCUAAGGGCACAAAAUCUGAUCCUGUUAUAUGGCUGGACAGACUUUCUUCAAUAUUGAGGAGUGUUUCAAUCAAACAAACAGAAGAUGGACCACAUCCCUGCAAAUCUGUCGUAUUGGAAAUAUGGCCUUUAUUAUCAAAAUCCUUCGAUAAGUACCAAAGUGAUGGUAGAAUAAUGGAAAGGUGCUGUAGAUGUAUGAGGUUUAUGUUGAGAUGCGUUAGCCAACAGCUAGCGGAAAUUCUGCAGAGUUUGGUUCAUCAAAUUGUUGUUAUAUAUAGUAACUAUAAACAUUCUUGCCUUUUGUACGUUGGGAGUAUACUUGUUGAUGAAUAUGCUACUGAUAUCAGAUGCAUUCAGGGUUUGUUAGAUAUGAUGAAUGCUUUUCUAGAACCAACAUUCAGACUCUUCCAAGAAAAUGGUUUAGUAAAACAUCCAGACACCGUAGAUGAUUUUUUCAGGUUAUGUGCAAGAUUUAUACAAAGGGCCCCUAUCCCUUUUUUACAAAGUGCAGCAUUGAGUCCCAUUCUUCAGUGUGCUUUAACAGCGUGCUCGUUAGUUCAUAAAGAGGCAAAUACCUCGGUAAUGAAAUUUUUGUACGAUGUUAUCAGCACAGGACAUCUUGGGAAGAAACAGUCAGAUUGGACGACGAGGAAUACUUUAGUGAGAAGUAUACUUAAUCAAUUUGGUCAACAGUUAGUUACAAACUUAAUACACGCAAGUGUUUUUUAUCUCCAUUCUUAUAUGUUAUGUGAAAUUAGUGAUGUGAUAGUGGAGUUAUUGGAAUUUGAUAGACAAGUAACAAGAGAAUGGUUAGCUAAUGCACUAGAGACUUUACCCAAACAGGACAAUGGUAGUAUCAAUGCAGCUACCCCACAGCAAUUGAAAGAGAUCCAUACAAAUAUAUCAAAAUCUGAUACAUCAAAAGCUAUCACCCAUGCAUUGAAAGACCUAACCAGAUAUUACCGCUGAAAUUUUUUUUAUUCAAGUCACUGUAAUAUAUAUACAUAUAUAUUUAAGAAAGUAGACUGUAUUUUAACAGUUUUAUUCAAUUGCAGAAUAAAUUUUUAUUUUUUA